AUGGAAGAAGCCGCUGCAGAUGGCGACGGCGCAUGUCAUGCAGAUGAGCUCUUCAAUUUGGGCAAUAAGCUUGAUGAAGAAGGACGAUACGAAGAUGCAGCGGAAGCGUACCAGCGUAGCGUUUCCAUCAGUGAGGUCUCCUCUGGUGAGGUUCCGAGCGACGUGCUGCUGAACUUGGGCUAUGCCCUGCGAAGCUUGGGGGAACUGGGCCAAGCACGAGCUGCCUGGUGCCGAGCACUGCGCAGCGCGCCCGAGGUGCGCUCACGGGCCGUUCUGCUGUCCUCCGGAGGCUUGUGUACAGACCCGGAGGCCGUCUUGAAGCUCGCUGGAGUGCUUCGCAGCCUUAAGAUCCAUGCCACGGUCUUACAAGGGCUUCUGCCAGCUUCGGAGCUGCACCACCUGCGCUUCAAGUCGGAGUCCGAGUGUCUCAGCGAGGUCUUCGAUUCCUUCGUGUUGGCAUCCGAGCCUUGGGUGCGGCUGCUUUGUGUCGGCGAGACGUUACCUCGUGCAGACGUAGCAGCUUUCGUUGCAGAGGUCAACGCCAUGCUUGAUGUUGGCUUGCUGGAGGAAGUUCUGCCUAGGCACUUGGCAUCAGGUCUGCAGCUUUACCCCUUCAGAGGCCUCGCCCUACUUACAGACUGGCCCAGCGUGACACUGGGACCACCCGGUGACGAGCCGGUGAUGGCCAUUGGCACGGACUCCCUGGAGCUGUGCCUCGCGCUCUCUCCGGGCGAUGGACCGGAGGCCACGUCAGACCUCAGCGGCCUCAGGGUGCUGGACCUCUGUACAGGCAGCGGUAUCGCUGCACUGCAUGCCCUGCGCUGCGGAGCAGAGGAGGCGGUCGCCGUAGAUCUCAGCCCGCGAGCGGCAAGCAUCGCGAAGGUCAAUGGCCUCAUCAACGACUUGGGUUCCAGGCUGACCGUUUGCCAGGGGGACCUCUUUCAGGCGAUAGAAGGCAUUGCAGACAUGCGUGGCUUCGACUUGAUCGUGGCAAAUCCACCGUUCGUUGCGGCACCGGAGAAUGUAAAAGCUUCUCUCUACGUGCAUGGAGGCCGUGACGGCCUAGCAGUGACGAGGCGCCUCGUCUCCGGGGCCUGCGAUCAUCUGGAGUCCCAAAAUGGAACUCUGGUCAUGAUCGGCGAGUUCCCGAACUUGUCCGCCGAGGGGCUUCCGCCUUGGCUUCCAGAUAGACCCGGCUGGAAUCAUGCCGCCUUCUUCGCCGAGGAGCAUCGCCAGAGUGCGGCCGCCUAUGCUGCCGACCGUGCCAGGCCGCCGGCGGAGCCCCUCUGGACCAGCUCGCUGCGAGCCGCAGGAGUGGAGGAGCUCGAGCCGGUCUGUAUCGAGCACAGCCACUUCUGGUGCCACCUGGGACUGCUUUGUUUGGCCUGCGAAAGAUGGGAAGCGAGCACGAAGCAUGGAUACGCGCGGAAGUGCGGUCUGGUGUGGAGCUUCGGGUGCGUCACGGACAGUGAUGGGAGGAAUGUGCUCGAGCCCUUCCUCCGAAAAUUGGCCGCAGGACAGACGCAGGGAAUGAAGGAGGAGUUCGGGCUUCUCUGUGAUGAGCCGGCUCAACGUUCUUUGCGCGGCGGGUCGCCGCCCUUCCCGGAAGAAGGCGGCGUCUUCGAAUACUUCCCUGUAGGGCCGAGCUGCAAGUGGGAGCCCUGGAGCAAGAAGAUCGGCACCUUUGAGAUCCCGAAGGAUGCACAGGCCCACUCACUCAUCGUCCCCACCUCCGACACCGUGAGGAAUGCCUUCUUCCUCCAGAUGCUGAUCAAGGCGGAGUGCCACGUGGUCUUUGCAGGCCCGACGGGGACUGGCAAGACGGUGGUGAUCCAGCAGCAGCUUCUCAAGGGCUUCGAUAGGGAGAAAUACAACACGUUCGCCUUUGCCUUCAGUGCCCAGUCGAGUGCAAACCAGACGCAGGAUGUGAUCGAUGGCAAACUGGACAAGAGGAAGAAGGGGUGCUAUGGCCCACCCUUUGGAAAGCGCUGCCUCGUUUUUGUGGACGACUUGAACAUGCCAGCGAAGGAGAAGUAUGGUGCUCAACCACCGAUCGAGUUGUUGAGGCAGUGGAUGGACACCAGUGGGUGGUACGAAAGGAAGACAUGUGAGUAUCGCCAACUGGUGGAUUUGAACUUCAUUGCUGCACUCACCCCCAGCGCUGGCCGGCCACAGAUCACAGCACGCUACCUCAGGCACUACAACUACUUCUACGUCUUGCCUUUCGAAGGAGAGAGUCUGCACCGAAUCUUUCAGACAGUCCUGCAGUGGUACCUGGCCAAGUUCCCGAGUCAGGUUGGUGCACUCAGUGGCAACGUCGUCCGAGCAACUGUCGACAUCUAUCAUUCAAUCUCGGCCAACAUGCUGCCGACGCCCGCCAAGUCGCAUUACACCUUCAACCUGAGAGAUCUCGCCAAGGUGAACCAGGGCAUCUGCCUCUGCAGCAAGGAGUCUCUCCCGACCCCGGACGACUUCAUCAGAUGCUGGGUUCACGAAUGCCAGCGGGUCUUCCAGGACCGGCUCGUCAAUGAUGAGGAUAAUGCAUGGUUCAAUGAGCUCCUGCAAGAGAAGUUGCAGGAGCACUUCAAGAAGCAGUGGAAAGCCGUCGUCAAACAGGAGCCGCUGAUUUUCAUUGACUUCGCUGACAGCAAGGCACCAUACUAUCAGCAGGUCACCGACUAUGAGCAGCUGGAUGACGUGCUGAAGAACCGCCUCAUGGACUACAACUCCAUGGCGAAGCGCGGUAUGGAGCUCGUUCUCUUCAUGGCUGCUGCCCAGCACAUCUGCCGCAUCGUGCGGGUGUUGAAGACUCCUCUGGGCAAUUCGCUGCUAGUGGGUGUCGGAGGCAGCGGCCGGAAGAGUCUGGCAUCGCUAGCCACCUUCGUGGCCGAGUACGAGCAGUUCUCCAUUGAAAUCACCAAGAACUACACUGUCUCUGACUGGCACGACGAUGUGAAGCGCUUGCUCAUGAUGGUCGGAAGCUCCACGCAGGUAACGUUUCUGCUUGCAGACACCCAGAUUCCGAAGGAAUCCUUCCUGGAAGACACUUCGAGCCUCUUGAACAACGGCGAGGUGCCGAACCUCUUCAAUGCCGAGGACAAGACGCAGAUCCUGGAGGUGUCAACCUCGGCGGCCCAAGCCGCGGGCUGCAGCGAUCCCGCGGAGGUGUUCGCCUUCUUUACAGAGCAGUGCCGCAAGAACCUGCACCUCGUUCUCGCGCUGUCGCCUAUUGGUGAGGCCUUCCGCCGACGCGUGCGGAUGUUCCCAGCCAUCGUCAACUGCUGCACGAUCGACUGGUUCAUGGAGUGGCCCGAGGAAGCGCUCCGUGGGGUGGCCACCCAUUUCUUGCAGAAGGUGGACCUGGCGAAGGACGUUUUCACUGGAGUUGUGGAGAUUUGUGUGCGGAUGCAAGAGUCCGUCUUCGAGCUGACGGACCGCUUCCGCCGCGAGGUGCAGCGACACUACUACGUCACGCCCACGUCAUACCUGGAGCUCAUCAACGCCUUCAAGGGCGUCUUGGCAAGCAAGCGAGACGAUGUCUCCGGUGCGAAGCGACGCUACGAUGAUGGUCUCGAGAAGGUGAUCUCCACUGAAGAGCAGGUGAAGACGAUGUCCAUCCAGCUGGAAGAGCUUCGACCAGUGCUCAAGCAGACCUCUGCAGAGACAGCAGAUCUUAUGACCGUAAUCGAGCACAAGCAGGAAGAGGCCUCAGCAACACAGGCGGUGGUGGCGAAGGAAGAAGAGGCUGCGUCGCAACAGGCAGAAGCCUCCCGCACCAUGAAGGAGGAAUGCCAGGCCGACUUGGACAAGGCACUGCCGGCAUUGAAUGCAGCUUUGGAUGCGCUGAAGAGCCUAAAGAAAGGUGACAUCGUGGAGGUGAAGAAUAUGAAGUCUCCACCAGAAGGCGUCAUUACGGUGUCGAAGGCGCUGUGCUGGAUGUUCGAUGUGAAGCCAAAGAAAGUCACUGCGGAAGAUGGCCGCACCAAGAUCGAUGACUACUGGGAGCCGUCCAAGAAGAGCCUUUGGGGUGACUCGAAGAUGUUGGACCGGCUGUUGGGCUAUGACAAGGAUCAUAUACCGGUGGAGGUCAUCGAGAAGUUGAAGCCCUUGGAGGAUGACCCCGAGUUUGACCCGGAGGUCAUCAAGAAGGCUUCCACUGCAGCCAUGGGUAUUUGCAAAUGGGUCCGUGCCAUGAUUGUGUACGACGGCGUGGCGAAAGUCGUAGGGCCCAAGAAGGAGGCUUGCUAG